UUCGCCCAGUUGUGCUAUGCCUGUCGAGUUGGGGACUUGGACCAGGUCGAAAAGCUUGUGUCCUUCCAUAUCAUCGACAUCAACAAGACUGAUCAAUGGGAUAACUCUCCCUUGACCUUAGCCAGUCUUUGUGGCCAUUAUGGUGUUGUCAGAUUUUUGCUAAACAAUGGUGCUGUUUGCGAUAGAGAUACCUUUGAAGGAGCCAGGUGCAUUUAUGGGGCAUUGACUGAUCAAAUUCGAGACUUACUAAUCGACUUCAAUAUAUCGAAAUCCUCUGAAAAUGUCCAGCCUUUUGCUUCUCACAUCUCGACCUUAAAGUCAAAUAAACAAACCAACUUGGCAGAUUUAACACUAAUAUUUAAUGAUAAUGAAAAAUCCAUAAAAGUUCACAAAUUUCUACUAUCUUCAAGAUCUUCAUUUUUUGAAUCGCAGAUCUCAAAUUUAUACAAGUUAAAUCAAGACUCAAUUAAUUUAUCAGAUUUUAAUCAAAACUUCACUUAUGAUAUAUUUAAUUUAAUUUUUUUGGAUUAUUUUUAUUUAAAACCAAUUAAUCCCGUUAAUAUAAAUUAUUUACUGAACUUAUAUUUGAAAAAGAAUGAAAAUAAGAAUAAUGACUUGAUUACUAAUUCAAACUCAUUUCCAGAUAUAAUUUUGGCUGCCCCAAAUUAUUAUAAUAAUUCGAUAACGUUUUUUCCGGCUCACAAAUCAAUCUUGAUUAGAUCCAUAAUUUUUCAAGCAAUGUUUAAUUCGAGUUUUAAAGAAUCACUUACUACCACUAAUGAUAACUACAAUCACAAUAAUAUUCAGAUAAUCAAGUUUAAUGUAUCUAAUUACCAAAUCGCCGAGUUAGUUCUAUCUCAUUUAUAUUACGAUGAAUCAAAUAUUCCAAUUGAUUUUGCAUCAAAUAUCUUGUUAAUAGCUGAUUUUUAUUUUUUAGAUAAAUUGAAAAACUUAGCUGCAAUUUCAAUUACAAAUAAUGAUCAAACAAUUCAUUUGGAUCAUUUAAUCAAUAUAUUGAAACUAAGCUGGCAAACUAAGAUUAAAAGACUAGAAGAAUUUGCAGCCAAGAUUAUCGCAAAUAAUUUAGAUUAUUUUAUUGAGAAUCAUUUAACAAAAUUUAAACAAACCAUUUAUCAAAGUGCGAUGAGAAUAAAAGACAGAGAAGAAAUUGAUACAAUUGAAUUAGUAGAUGACAUAAGAUAUUUCUUAGGGAAAAAAUACAGAGUUGUUGCCGAUUUUGAUUUCUUGACGUUUAAUGGUAAAGUUGAUUUAAAUGAUGAUAUGAAAAGGCAUCAAAAUGAUUUAGAUAAAAUCUCAGAUAUCCUAAAGGAUUUAAAUCUAGAUGCCUAA